AUGGGAGAAUCGUCCGAGUCGGCUACACCUCCAACCUCACCUCCCUACAAUAGAUUCGAGGAGGUGAGAGCUUAUUCUUUGACACAUCUCUUGGAAUCCGACCCAGACAUGGCCGAAAAACUCAACUACACUGCGAUGAGGGCGGCUCAGCUUAAGGCCGAGCUGAAAGCUAAGAAGAUAGGCAUUCCCAAGAGUCCCAAGCCUAAGGCCUCGAAGAAGAGAAAGCGGGACCCUGAGAAGGUGGCCAAAACUGCCAAGGCCUUGGCCAAGGACCAAGCUGAGAAGGCCAAAAAGGCCAAGUCGGUAGAGGUUAACAGCCCUCGUCCGGAGGAGAAGGCAGACAAGUCCGAGGGGACUCGCAUUUCUGUCCAUUCGGAGGACUUCCGACCAAUGAGGAGUCCUCAAUACACGCCGGCCACCCCUCGCGGACCUCAUGAUGAUCCCGAGGAACUCAGCCUGGCCUUGGCGAGGCCCUUCGCUGAGUUGGACGUUCACGGGCUCGACACCCGUUGGACGAACGCUGUGGAGUGCCUCUAUGGCGCAGCCGAUCGGGAAUACAUCGCCUCCACCAGCGGACCCGAGGAGACCAAUGACCUGUUCCGCAGCUGGGCUGAGUUUUCCGCUCGGUUGGUCAAUGUGGCCAGAAACAAGGUCCACCUGGCUGAGAAGGUAUCUGACCUGGAAGCUAAGGGCAAAAAACACUUCACCGCGCUCCACGCUGCUGAGCAAGCUCAAAGGGUAGCCGAGGCGGAUCUUGCCAACGCGAAGCGCUGCAUCGCUCGCGACCAGGACGACUUUAAGGCCGAGCGGGCCCAGUGGGAUGUGGCCAAACAGAAACUGAUUAAGGAGAAGGAUGAGGCUGUGAUCGCCAAGGUUGUUGCUGAGGCCCAAGUUGCGGAGGCGCAGACCAAAAUCACUGAUCUGCAGUUCAAGCUGGCCGAGCUGGAGAAGGCCUCUAAGUCCGAAGACGAGUGGUUCGCGGGCUGGAAGGAGACCAAGGCUUGCGAAUUGUUUGUCAAUGAGGUCGGCUCGACCGCCCAGAAGAUGGGGGUAGAUGACGCCCUCAAGCGGAUGAAGGCGGCCUUGGAGAGAUCGCAUCCUUCUCUUCCUUGGUCCGAGGUCAUGGGGAGCUAUGAAGCCCUUCUAAAGGAGGAGGAUCAGGCCAUUCUCUCUGAGCUGCACAUCGCCCUUUCGGAUGAUGAUGAUGAUGAUGAUGAAGAUGUGGAGGAGGUUGCUGAGGAUGAUCAGGGCCAAGGGGUGGCCAAGUCUGAGGAGCAUCAUGGGAGUACCAAUGAUCAGACCGACCCCCCUGCCGCUUAG